CGAGAGAUAGUGAGACACAGCGUGCAUUUCUGUCAUUAUUUUGCGUCUCAAACGGAAUGGAAUUAUGGCCAGCGUUGUGUACCAUUAUGGCCUGUAGAACGGAAAGCGACGUUUUAAAGUCUUCUGAAACAUCACGGACUGCCGCUGCAGAGAGAGUGAGGGACUGAGCUCACUUAUGUGAGGUGUAGAGCAUCUUUGAGUGUGCUCAGUCCACUCUUGAGCAUCAGGAUGAGUGGAACAGGGGAGCAGUCCGAUAUCCUGGCUGUCGGGAGCAUGGUCAGGGAGCGAUGGAGAGUGUUGAAGAAGAUUGGUGGUGGUGGUUUUGGUGAGAUCUAUGAAGUCCUGGACCAGGUCAACCAGGUGAAUGUGGCUCUGAAGGUAGAGUCUUCCCAACAACCCAAACAGGUCCUGAAGAUGGAAGUAGCAGUUCUGAAAAGACUUCAGGGGAAAGACCACGUUUGCCGCUUUGUCGGCUGCGGACGCAAUGACCGCUUCAACUAUGUGGUCAUGGAGCUUCAGGGAAGAAACUUGGCAGACCUUCGGCGCACCAUGGCCCACGGCACAUUCAGCUUCUCCACCACACUCAGGCUGGGCAGACAAAUCUUAGAAGCCAUUGAGAGCAUCCACUCUGUGGGCUUCCUGCACAGAGACAUCAAACCAUCCAACUUUGCAAUGGGCCGACUAGCCAGUACAUGCCGAACCUGUUAUAUGCUUGAUUUUGGUUUGGCGCGCCAGUUUACAAACUCUUGUCACGAAGUCCGUCCACCACGUCCAGUGGCGGGAUUCAGAGGAACCGUCCGUUAUGCUUCUAUUAAUGCCCACAAGAACAAGGAAAUGGGUCGACAUGAUGAUCUGUGGUCUUUAUUUUAUAUGCUUGUGGAGUUCAUGGUGGGUCAGCUACCCUGGAGAAAAGUCAAGGACAAAGAACAGGUUGGAAAUAUGAAGGAGACGUAUGACCAUCGCCUCAUGCUCAAGCACCUCCCAGCUGAGUUUAGCAUUUUUCUUGACCAUUUCUCCAAUCUGGAUUACUACACUAAACCAGAUUACCAGCUCCUGAUGUCAGUUUUUGACAACAGUAUGAAGAGCUAUAAUGUGGUGGAAAAUGACCCUUACGACUGGGAGAGAACGGAUUCUGAGGACACGCUUAAUGUUGGAAACCUGGCAACCACAGCCCAGCAGCUUACCCGCCUCACACCUGCAUACCUGUGCAUGGCCAAUGCCUCUGUGAUCCCAGGCGAUUUGCAGCGUGAGAACACCGAGGACGUUCUUCAGGGUGAGCGCCUCAGCGAGGCUGAUAAUUGUGCCCCCAUCCCAACUCAACCAGCACAAAGAGCGGAUGUGUGGGAAGAUAUUGAGCACAGCCGUGACCGAAACCUCAACCAUAUCCAGCCACAAAUCAGAAAGGUGGCUAGUGAGGAGGAGCGAAGCAAAGAGGGCAACCAGAGCCCCAACAGUGGCUCUAUCCAAGGUUCUCCUAGACGGGUGCGCUCAGAGACCCUGCUCAUUGACCGUGUGGCUCCUCUACUGAGAAGGAUGCGCCACAGCCAGAGCAUGGGGCUGGACAAGAGACUGACCCCUGAGCCUAAACCCACCAUUGAACGCUUUCUGGAGGCCUAUUUAGGGAAGCAGCGGCCAUGCCUGCCCCAGGACAGGUCUGUCUGCCGGGUUGAGCAGGGCUCCUUGGAGGAUGAGGAGGGUGCAGCCAGCAGUGGUUACGUCGCAGUCAACCUUAGCCCAGUCCCCCAAGAGGGCGACUCACAGGAGUGGGUCCUAGUGGAGCUUGAGGGUGGUAGCGGAUCGGCUGGCUCUAAACCUGAGGAGGAGGAACGCUCAGGGAUAUCGCCACAUUCCUACAGCCCCCUCGCCCUCCCUCGAACCUGGUCCGACCCCCUCCCUCAGCGCACUAGCAGCCUAAGCAGUUUAGGAGAAUUCCAAGCAGGGGUCUGCCACACUGGACCUCCUUUUAUCCGCUUGCCUGGCAUAACAGGCUUGUCUGGGCUGAGGAGACUGCCCACAAUCCAGCCAGCACCAACGGUCCAUCUCAGCAGAAACUAUCUUGAACAGUCAUCCAAUGCAGUGCUACAGUCUGUCCAGCCACAGCAAAAGACUGGAGACGAUUCUCAGAUUGACAAUCCAUCAGGCGAUGCAGAAAAAGAGCACAAUCAUGUGCCAGCUUAUUCACCCCCUAAAAGCCCCAAUAAGCACUCUAUUCAUGCAGAUGAAAACAUUAUCCCUGUCAAAGCUUCUGAAAUAGAUGUGGAGAGUGACUCGGGCUGUCCUGAUGCUGGAACUUGUACAACCCCCAACCAGGGUGAGAUGACUGGGCACAGUGUUAAUGUAGCUCCGGCAUCACCUCGUGAACUCUCCCCCCGUGCCAGUCGCAUCCCGAUCCGUGACCCAGACUCGCCGACCCGCAGGGGUUUUCCUGCCCCGCUGUCUCCGUCUCUCUCGCUGUCCUGUGAGCACUUCCCAUCUGCACUGCUCCGUGACAAGUUCACCUUCCCCACUGGAUUUCGAGGGUAUGACUGGCAGGGAGAGGACCCUCUCUCUCUGUCCUCCUCCUCAGGCCCUCUAUCAAACAAGAGUAAAAUACCCAGACACAUAAGCCCCACACUAGUGCAGGACCAGCUGUCUGCUAGGCUGCCAAUGCUUAUUCCUCGGCCGCCACCAGGCAAACCGCCCCUUCGUACAGGUGGUGAGAACAGACGCAGACGCUACCGCAUUCGUGCUAGUAGCACUGGUGAUGCAGAUCUCCUGGACAACCUCACUCAGCUUAUGCAGGAGCGAGGCGGACUGGCCGUCAGCUCCUCCUCUCGUUACCAACGCACUACCACUUCCUCCCUGCAGCGCUCGCUAAGCUCCUCCCCUUCCCGAUUUGAGGGUGGACACAGCCAGUCACCAAGUAGCUGUUCAGCCUCCCCGCCCCCUCGAAUCAGUGAUGUGCGGGGGAAUAUGUCCCGAGGCUCGGUUCUCAGAGUGGGAAAUUCUGAGAGCAAAACUACAACCAAAAUGAGCAAAUAAAUAGAAAAACAUGCAUAAUGUAUGUAACUGAUGGUGUGAGUUUUCAGUAAUGUGACCGCUGGUUUCAAAAAUAUUACAAGUAGCUUUUAACCCGGUAUCAUGUAUGAAGCCUGAUGAACUGUAGCCUUUUUACAAGGGGUAUUUUAAUAAAUAAGUAGGGAAGAAAGAUCAGAUAUUAGCCAGCUGGAACCAGAAACAUCAGUUGUAAUUACUUGAAAGCAUCAUGUCUUUGCCAUUUAAUCAAAACAUAAAAUAUUAUUAAGGGGUCAUAUCAUAAUGUUUUAGGUUAAUAUAUAAUGUUAACUUCUUGUGUCAAAACAGAAGA